AUCACAUCUGUCACUUUGAACACAAAAAGGGCAGGAAAACGCAAACCAAAACAAAUAGACCAAAUAGACCUCGUAGCUCCGUAGUUACGACGCAAUUUCGUAUGUAAAUAGAGACCGAUGGGCUCGAAAAUUUGGAUAUGGAAAAACAUACCGGGCAUUCCAGGUCGAUGCAACGAUGUAGUUUAUACACGGUCGAAACUGCAGUCAACGCACGAUCUUCUUAUAUUUUUUGGCGGCGACCUCCAAGAUAUUCAAAAAAACAUGGAAAAGCAUUCGGAUAGCAAGAAAUAUACAAAAUGGAGCUUAGAGAACACAGCAACUAUACUAUCUGAACAGUUUCCUGGAAGCCAUGUAUUUGUUAUUCGUCCAUCAAGGAUGACAAUAACUAAACACGCAGUAUUCAGUUGUUUCGAUAAUUUCAUAUCAGGAGAUACAUAUGGCACACCUACAUUUUGUCCAAUGUACAAUGCUUUAAGGCAUUUAAAAGAUCUUCUUACUUGUUGCUUAGAACAUGUUAAAACAUUAAAAAUUGGAGAAGAUACUGGUAUCUAUAAUAUCGAAGCUACAAACUUAAGUCUAAUGGGCUUCAGUAAGGGAUGUGCAGUUUUGAAUCAGUUUCUUUAUGAAUUUCAUCAUUACAAUAAUGAUUCAAAUAACGAUCCCAAUAUAAAUAAUUUUAUCAAACUUAUCAAAGAUAUGUGGUGGUUAGAUGGUGGACACAAUGGUCCCAAAAAUACAUGGAUUACAAAUGAAGAUAUACUUCGUUCCUUUGCCAAAUUAAGAAUAAAUACUCACAUACAUGUCACGCCGUAUCAAAUGCAAGAUAAACACCGACCAUGGAUUCAAAUGGAAGAAAAGAGCUUCAAUGAUACCUUACAAAGGAUGGGAGUAUCUGUACAACAAACUUUACAUUUUGGUGAUAAAGCGCGAAGCCUCUCAUCGCAUUUCAAUGUUCUUACAGAUAUCAGAAGUAACAUGCAGUAAAACUAUCGUAUUCUUCUCUAAAUUUUCGUAUUGUUCUCUAAAUAAUCAAGCAUUUGUCUAUGAAUCAUAAAAUAGAUCGCAAUUUCUUUACAUCAUCAGGAUCAAAAUGAAGUAU